AAGAAAUUUUUUAUAAAAUUUCACAGAAAAAAAAAAAACAAAAACCUUCAUCUCCGCCCAUGAAAAAAAAAAUUCUUGAAAUCUCCAUCUCUACGGGGAACCCACGGACCACCGCGGAUUUAAGAGGGAAUUGCCAUCCCUUACUCACGCCAUUGAUCUCCUACCACUUGACUCCGGUGGAGCCGGUGGAGCCGGUGGAGCUGGUGGAGCCUCCAGUUCAGCGCCAGUUGGUUCCUUUAUAUAUCCUUCUCUUCUCUAGACUGGAUGGUUAUCUUUAAGGCUUUUUAUACCCUUCCUCAACUCCGAUACUGGCUCAUUUCCUUUCGUCUCCACUCUCCUCACGGCAUCUCUAUCUUUCCCCACCAAGUAAAUCGACCUCGGUGCA